AUGGUCCGGUUCGACCGUGCGCUUCCGCCGCAUAAGAAGUACUUCAAAAUGAGUCGGAAGAUAUUUCUGAUUGUGUUGGCGGCCAUGUUGGCGAUCCUGGUCCUCAUCAUUGCGCUGGCUGCUGGAUUGAGUGGACGCAAAAGCUCUGCGGCCGCCGCUGCGAAGAAUCUUCCUCUACCUAGCAACACUGCAACUUUCACCGGUGAGCUCACAUACUACGGUGUCGGCUUAGGCGCAUGUGGUGAAGUCUCGGCCGAAGACGACGCCAUUGUCGCGGUCUCCCAUCUUCUCUUUGACGCAGCUGGAUCCUCGACUGUGACGGGCGGCAACUCAAACAUGAAUCCCUUGUGCGGUAAAAUGCUCCGUGCACAGCGGUACGAUUCUGAGCGAGGGAUGAUGCGAAGCGUCGACUUGCGUGUCGUGGAUCGUUGUACAGGUUGUGCUCCGACAGACUUGGACACCACUGUGGCUAUUUUCGGCGAGAUGGCGAACGUCGAUCGAGGCCGGGUAGAUGUCACUUGGGCUUGGUUGCAACCUGUUCAGGUCAAUGCCGGCGGUAUUGAUCCUCAGAUCCCGGACGGUCAAUGA